GCUUUUGUUCUGUUUCUCUCCGCCCUCUCGACGGAGUGAUGGAGGAGCAAAGCCCACGCCCGGGAGAGCACAACGGAGCCCUCGAGGUCUUAGGGGAAGGAGGGCGGGCGGUGGAGGAGGAAGAGGAGGAGUUGGAGUCGCAGGCGCGUUGCCUCGAUCUCACGAGCUUUCAGCUCCACGACCUGAGCGAGAUCGAGAUACCUGAGGACCUCGUCGAGUUGGAUCUUACUGCGAACAGGCUCUCCAAGCUGGAUGAGAGGAUCGGCCGCCUCUCGCGGCUGCAAAAGCUCUCGCUUCGGCAGAACCUCUUCGACGAUGAGGGCGUCGAGCAAAUCUCCCGCUGGAAUGCCAUAGCUGGCUUGAUUGAAUUGGUAUUCCGGGACAACAAGCUGAGAAAAAUACCUGAUGCUAGCAUUUUCAAGAAACUUCUGGUUUUUGAUGUCUCUUUCAAUGAGAUUACUUCCUUAAAUGGCUUAUCAAAGAUCUCAAGUACAUUGAAGGAGCUUUAUGUUUCAAAGAAUGAAAUUAACAAGAUGGAGGAACUUGAACACUUGCAGUUAUUGCAGAUCCUUGAACUUGGUUCAAAUAGAUUAAGGGUAAUGGAGAACUUUCAGACAUUGACAAACUUACAAGAGUUAUGGCUCGGACGAAAUCGUAUUAGGACAGUCAACUUGUGUGGGCUGAAAUCUAUCAGAAAAUUAAGUUUACAGAGCAACCGUUUGACAUCCAUGAUAGGGUUCCAGGAAUGCAUCGCUCUUGAAGAACUGUAUUUGAGUCAUAAUGGUAUACAGAAGAUGGAAGGGCUAUCCACCUUAGAAAACCUUCGUGUACUGGACAUUUCAUCUAAUAAACUUACUGCAAUCGGUGAAAUUGAAAAGUUGACAAGGUUAGAAGACCUGUGGCUGAAUGACAACCAAAUAACUUCUCUAGAAGGCAUAGAUCUUGCUGUCUCAGGUUCAAGGGAGAAGCUUACAACCAUUUACCUUGAGCGCAAUCCUUGUGCAAGCUUGCCAAAUUACUCUAGUACUUUGAGGCAGAUAUUUCCAAAUGUCCAGCAGAUUGAUUCCAAUAUUCUGAUGUGAGAGAUCGAGUCUCACUCGUCGCUGAAUGAUUAAUUACCAUGUGAGAAUUUUGGUUGAAGUUUUUUUUUCCCCGAUAUGGAUUAAUUCUUUUUUGCUAACUCGUGCUGAAUUGGUGAUGCAUCAUGUUCUUACAGCCACCAAUUUUUGCACUCGUACAGGUUGGACUCAAAUUUUAUAUGGCUUUUGAUAUACCUCUCCCUGUGAAAACAAAUGCUGCUUCGCAGUAACGAUAAAUCUGGGGGGAAAUUGUAAUGGUGUCCUUUUAGCUUUCAUUUGAGUGUUUCAUUUAAGAUCUGAUCGCAUAUUUAUGGUCUUGCAUCU